UUAUUUAAAAAAACAAAACAAAAAUAAAGGAGCUGCUGCUAUCGCCCAACUUUAACUCAAAUAGACAAACUACUACGACAAACGAUUCCAACUGAUCACAACACUGUUGCUGUUUUCAAUCGACAACAACAACUCAUUGAGACCAGCAGAGAACCCCUUUAACAGACGGACUAAAAGACGCGAAAAUUACAAAUUUGUUUGAAUACAAGACGCUAGUACUAAACGGACAGACAAUUAAACAACAAGCGCGAUAUUCAAAAUAUUUCAAACGCAGAAAAAAGUGUGGCCGUUAUUUUUGGUUUUUUUUUUCUUGCAAUUGAACAAGUAGUUAAAUGUUUUAUUGAAAAAUAGAAACACUACUUGAUCAAUUUGGGAACCAACUGCUGCAAUAACAAAAAACUAAACAGUUUCGUUCGAAAAAUUUAAAAAAAAAAUUUAAAAACUUUGAAAUCAAAUGUAAAAAUUUAAACUAAAAACUUUCAAAUAACUUGAAGAAAAACUGCUUUAAAAAACAUCCUCAACAAAGAAAUAUUUUAAACAUCUUUGAGAAAGAAACAAAGUGACAAAAUACCACAAAAAUUAAACAGUCAAAACUUAACAACCAAUCACUAAACAAAAACAUUCCAAACCAUAAACAACUUCAAAAAAACAAAUAAUACAAAAACGUUUAAAGAAAAUACUACAUUUAAUAGUGAUCGUAAAUGUGUGACCAUAAACAUUUAAAUAUAAACGUGAGCGGUAAUUGUUGAUGUUGUAGUGGCUGCUGUUGAAAGAUUGUAACCGAUCAACUAGCCAAAUAUGAGUUCAUAUCAGCGCGGUUUCUUUUGUGCCGACCUCAGCAUACGCUAUCCAUAUCACGAAUGCACAAUAACCGUGUCCAUGCUGUUGUUCUGCAUGCUGCUGCUGCCCAUGCUAUUCCUGAGUGUGGUGGAGAUAAUACGCCUGUGCAACAAUUUCCGCUUGAGGCAGUAUCUACGCAAUGCCACCUUUAGCUUGGGCUGCUUUAGUUUUGGUUUUAUAGCCACCUAUCUGUCCACCGAGCUGGCGAAAAAUGUAGUCCGACGCUUGAGGCCUCACUUUUAUACGGCCUGUAGGCCCCAGCUUAAUGACGGCACCACCUGUGAAGAUGCCAAAAAUCGUAAUAUUUUUGUGGAGCACUACUACUGUUCGAAUCGUAAUCUGUCGGCGAUGCAGUUGAGGGAAUUGUAUGUGUCAUUUCCCAGUGCCCAUUCGUCGCUGUCGUUUUAUGCCAUGUUAUUUUUGGCCUUUUAUUUGCAUGCCAUAUGGCGCGGUGGACGCGGCAUACAGCGUGUCUUACGUCAUUUGUUGCAGUUUCUGUUUCUCUCGAUGGCCUGGUUUAUUUCGCUCAGUCGUGUGGCCGACUAUUGGCAUCACUGGUCGGACGUGUUGGCCGGUGCGGUGAUGGGUGUCAUUUAUGCCACACUAACCGUCUUGUAUGUGGGUAGAUUUUUGCAACUAAAUUCUCACACAAAUAAAAUCGCCAGCUCUCUGCCGCAUGGCAACUGCAACUUUAACUUGCAACAUUGUACGGCUGCAGGCGGUGGCGCAACGGUGGUUGUGUCCAACAAGUUGAAAUCGAAUUUGAAAAAGUCAACAUUACAACAUGUACCCUCGAGCGUUAGUUUCAGCCAAACUCUGCAACAAUUGCAGUUGCAGCACGAAGAUCAAACCUCCGCCUCGACUACAGCGUUAUCAUCAUCAUCAUUACAGGCAUCGCUGGCAGCCGCCAAAGAGCAUCUUAUAUCAUCUAAUGAAUGUGUAUGGAAAUCGGGAACAUAGUGUGGAGUCAGCAAAAGCGUAUAAUAAAAAAAAACGUAUAGAGUUACUUUGUCUGUUAUUGCAUUCAACUCUUUUAUUUUUUUUUUAGUAUUUUUUAAGUCCAUUAUUUAUUUAUUGUUGUUACUUAUAGCGCUGCUGCUGCUGCUGUAGAAAAAAAGUUCUUGUGGAUUUAGUUCUUUAUUUUUUCCAUGUAGUUUGUUUUUUAUGCCAACAAUUAUUGUAAUUGAGAAAUUAUUAUUAUGUGUAUUGAAAUGUGAUAACCUUUUUUAUUUUGUAUUUUCUAUCUUUAUAUUUAUUUAUAAGUAUCUGUUUUCGCAACAGCAGUAGGGAGUAUAAAUAGGGCAUAGAUUAUUGAGAUA